AGUUGCAUGUAUCAGACACGUUCCUAAUGGAGGUUUUAAUCAGAAAUAAAUCUGCAAUAAUGAGUAUAUACCAAAUUAUUUGAUAAAAUUUAUUUUUUGUGUGGGCUAGUGGCUGAGUGUUAAAGUGUGUGCAACAUAAAAGUGGAAGUGUGAAAAUUUUAAGGAUACCCAGGAAUACCCUUCUCAGGAAUCAGCAACAUUAAAUCAUUGCAUACAACAUCCAAAAGAGGCGACUAUUCAUCCGCGUGAAUCAAUCACUAAUGAAAAAUAUGGCAGCCACUGACGUGAAGAAAGUGUAUAAACUGGUGCUAACUGGAGGACCCUGUGGUGGAAAGACUACCGGACAGGCACGAAUGUGUACCUUUUUCGAAAAUCUUGGAUGGAAGGUGUUUCGAGUGCCUGAAACGGCCACUGUUCUCCUCAGUGGUGGAAUCAAAUUUUCAGACCUGACAACAGAUGAAGCUUACAAGUUUCAGGAGAACCUUUUGCGGACAAUGAUUCAGAUCGAAAACACUUUUUUCGAACUGGGAAAAUCUUGCACGAGAAAUUGUUUGAUUAUCUGCGAUCGUGGAGUAAUGGAUGCUAGCGCUUUUGUAUCCAAAGAAAAAUGGGAACGAAUGAUGAAAACUAACAACUGGAACCCGGUGGAGUUGCGCGAUAAUCGAUACAAUCAUAUUGUCCACAUGGUUUCGGCUGCUAAUGGUGCAGAGCCGUUUUAUUCGACCGAAGAUCAUGCCUGUCGUUCUGAAGGUGUCGAUUUGGCCCGUGAAUUGGACUACAAAUCAGCAGCAGCUUGGAUUGGGCAUCCUUAUUUUGACGUGAUUGAUAAUUCGACUGAUUUCGAAAAUAAAAUGAACAGGAUGAUUGAAUGUGUGUGUCAAAAGCUCGGAAUCGAUACAGGGGAUCGACUGUCGACCACCUCGAAGAAAGUCAAAUUUCUCGUAUCAGAGUUACCACCGGAUUCUAGUUUCCCGGCGUUUCAAGAUUUCGACGUCGUUCAUCAUUAUUUGCAAUGUGCGGGACCGCGGGUACAAGCUAGAUUGCGAAAACGUGGUCAGAAUGGACAUUUUAGUUACAUUCACACGAUUCGUCGUCCUCAUCUGCAUGGUCAAUCAAUUGAGGUUAAAACGCAGCUUACCCACAGAGAUUACCUGAACAUGCUUACCCAGCGAGAUGAUGCCCAUUUCACUAUUUAUAAAAAGCGACGUUGCUUCCUAGUGAAUAACCAAUAUUUCCAGAUGGACAUUUAUAAGGAACCGGGUCAUCCAAGGUGCAAAGGAUUAAUUCUUCUGGAAACAUAUACCUCAUUAACUGGUGACAAGCUGAAGGGUAUUCUGCCGAAAUUCCUGAAAAUUGUGAAGGAGGUUACUGGGCAUCCCGAUUACUCCAUGUUUAAUCUCUCUUUAAAAGAAGACUGGAGCAAUACCAAAAAGUUUUGCUAUUCGCUUCAUGAUCAAGACGAAGGCGAUUUCAGAGCGAAAGGGCGAUCCCAUAAAAUGAUUAAUGGCAAAGCGUAAAAUUUUAUACGUACUGCAUCUUUUUUAAAGAAACAUCUGAUUUCUUUUCUGAUCUUUUUUGUCUACUUCUUUUACGCUUAAAAUACCGUUUACAUAUUUGAAUGUGUGUGUUUUGUAAUUAUUCAUGCUGUUUCAAUGCAAAGUAUUGAUUUAGCAAACGAUAAAUAAGUUUUUUCUAGAAACAAUUCUACUAACACUGUUUAUUUUAUUCAUCGGCGCUCAAUUAUAGUUCCGCAAGAAGUGAUAAAUAAUUUGGUAUAUACAAUUGUUGCAGUCUGCAGCUUGAAAAUAGCUUGCCAGAGUAUACAAUACAAUAUAUGUAAUAUCAUAAAUCAAUCAGAUUAUGUAGCAAACUGAUACACAAAGCAAAGAUACUUAAUCCUUAGUGAAAUGUCCAAUCAACUGGGAAACAAUACGGAAAGCAAGCUUUAAUCUCAAAGCAAGUAAAGAAAUAAAGAAAUACUUUACUAAACGGUAUUUUUACAAUUGCAGGAAAUUAAAUUAUAUGUAUUCAAAGCUAGUCCUUUAUUGAAACAGCGAACAUCCUUUUUGUAAAUUGCAAUUCGUGAGUUACUUUGGCACAUUGAAUAAAAAAAAUCGAAUGAGAAAAGUUUUAAUCGUGUAUUUUUGAAUUGUAUUUGCUUCCUGGAUGUAUUUUCCUGCGAAGAAAAAACCGUAAUAAAAAUAUCUGUAUGCAAAGAUAAACCUCACUAAUGUUUAUGUAAAAAUAUUUUAUAAAAAUAUGAUUGUAGGUUUUAAAGUGACGUUUUGCGCUGAAAAUACGAUUUUCGAAGUCAGUAUCGUUACUACUUCGAAUUUACAAUCGUUUAGUUCUCUUUCAUGUGAAAUGAGUAUUUGAAUAACCUCCUGUGUCCGAAAAAUAGUGAUGCGCUGCUAAUAAAAGAC